GCGUGAGGGGGGGGCGAUGAGCGUCCUGCUCCCCAACAUGGCGGACUUCGACACCAUCUACGAGCUGGAGGAGGAAGAGGAGGAGGAGGAGGAGGAGGCGGAGGACGAAGAGGAGCGGACGGAGGCCUCCCGGACUGUGGUGAGGAGUCAGGAGCUGCCGCGGCCCCGGGACGCGCCCGAACCCGUGGCUGUGAGGGGCGCCGGGCAGAUCACCGUGUUUGGCUUGAGCAACAGAUUUGACACAGAAUUUCCCUCUGUUCUGACAGGGAAGGUUGCCCCUGAAGAAUUCAAGACCAGUAUCAGCCAUGUGAAUUCGUGUUUAAGGAAGAAUCUGCCCAUCACUGUAAAAUGGCUUCUCUGUGGCUGUUUAUGCUGCUGCUGCACACUGGGAUGCAGCCUCUGGCCGGCCGUCUGUCUUAACAAAAGAACAAGAAGAUCUAUUCAGAAGUUGUUAGAAUGGGAAAAUAACAGAUUGUAUCACAAGCUUGGCUUGCAUUGGAAGUUGAGUAAACGGAAAUGCGAAAGUAGCAAUAUGAUGGAAUAUGUAAUACUCAUAGAAUUCCUGCCAAAAUACCCUAUAUUUCGACCUGACUGAGGAGCAGUAUUACCUUUUGUGUUACCUGUCACGUCCUACCUGUAGUGCCUUGUAAGGGAUAUUGAAGAGAAAAUUAUCUACUUUGCUCUGAUAUUGUUUUUGAAAAAGUGUUCAUCAGUAGAGUCUCUUCAUUGCUGUGUUACUUUUUUUAAAAAAGAAGAAACUGUUUGCACUUUCUAAAUAGGGUGGCGAUGCUAAGGCUUGUUUGCGCACUCCCAAGGCAUAACUUACUUGAUGAACAUGGUCACUAUGGAGAUAAUCUUAUAUCAGCGCUGCUUGUAGUCUUGUUCUGACAUGCUGCCUUAUUCAUUUCUAAAACUCAGUCUUGCAAACACGCUCCCAGAGUCUGUGUAACCAGUGUUCUCCAGGUGUGCCGACUGGGACCACUGGAGGUUGUGGUCCUGACACAUCUGAAAGGCACCAAGAAGGGAGGAAAAAUUGCAUCUUCAGGCACUUUGAAUUCUUGAUAGGAACGAUCAAGGUUAGCAUACAGCAAUUAAUAUCUUAUUAUCUGUACCGAUGAUCUGCUUUGCCUGAGAUUAACAAUGAACAGCCCUGCCGUCUUCUUUCAUUUGCAAAAUUGUUCAUUUUCCUUUCUCUCUGCUGGGAGGGUGAGGGGUGAGGGGAGGGACAGGGGAAGGGUUGGGUUUGUAAAUAUUACCUCAUUGUAUAAUAUAUAAAGUGUAUUAACGCCAAGGUUUAUGGAUUGUGAUAUAAUGCCAAUGGCUUUGCAUAGAUUUUGUUACGAUGGAUGUUGUGCGUAUCUUUUUGAUUGUAUUGGCCACUUGUGUGCCACGCGGUGAAGCCAUGAGGGCUUUGUAGAUGCUACUGAAAGUUGGACUCAGGUGCAGUUUGCUAAGCUAAGCAAACAUAAAGAUCCCGUGUAGUUCUUGCUCCUUGAAAUUGCUGGUAAAACACUUAAAGAUGUAAUUCCUUGAAUUUAUAUGUAGCCCAAAGACCCCCCAAAGCCCAUAAGAGCCCCUGGUUUAAGCACAACAGGCCUCUAAACAAUUCUACCAGAAAACUGGCAGAAAUUCAAAGGAAGUUGUGGAUCUGGCAUUAGGAGCCCUAUAAAUUGAUGGAAGACAACAUUUAAAAAAAAAUAUUUGGUUUGGUGGCCUACAUUUUUCUGUUAGUCUAUCAGUGCUUCUCAACGUUGGUACCUUGAAGAUGUGUGGACUUCAACUCCCAGAAUUCUCUGCUGGCUGGGGAAUUCUGGAAGUUGAAAUCCAUACAUCUUCCAGUUGCCAACAUUGAGAAAGACUGGCCUAUCUGAUGUUUAGAUCAUUUCCAUGUCUCUGCUCUUUACAAAGCAGUUCUUUAGAAAUGUUGGCCUGCAGUUCCUUUUAACAUUAGUAAGAUUGGAUCCAACCCUGCAGUUUCACAAGCAUAAAGUAUUACACCAAAAUCUGCAUAAAAGUAUUUCUGAAAUAGCAGGGCAGUUGCGAGAACCUGCUCAAGGUCAGUAUUUUGAGAUCCUCCCUUUCUAAGGCUCUGUGCCAAGAGCUUCUCAUUUGGGUGCCUUUCCUGUUGUUUGGUUAUAAUUAAGAGAUCAUGGACAUAAAUUAGUUAGGAUAGAGUUCCAGAAAUCAAGAACCACAACAUUCAUCUGAUACACUGUGCAUCUGUUUGACUCAAGUUCUUCGUUUAGCUACUGUAGUUCUUUCAGUCUGUGCUUUUAGCAAUUAUGUAGCUAAAAUGUGGGAGAAUUGAGAAUAUUUGUGAUUUCAAUUGUUUGCGUUUGCAAAUUCCAUAACAUCCUUAACAAGGAAAGCAAGUUUCGGCUGACGGAUAGCAAGAUCUGUGCAUCAGCGCUCCAGUAUAAAUAAGCACCUUCUCAUUCAUUUAGCUGUUGUGGACCUGUAAUUUUGUUCAUCAUGCAUGCACAGAGUUGCCCAUCGUGAUUAGCUAAAUGCGGAAGCCUCUGUUCGGGUGCUGUGUGCAUGCAUCACAAAAUACCCAUGGAAAUAUCACCUCAAAAACUUGAUGGCAGGUUAUAAACUCAACAGAUUUGCAAACUGGAGCUUUGAAUUGCUGUUUUCUUCUCCUAGCUCCAGAGGAAAUGUUUAGUAUGAGAACUGUAGAAUAAUUAAAGGGGAAAAAAACAAUCAUCCAUAGAACUUUUCAAGCUGCUUCUUGGAUUGUGAGGCUUGUAGACGCAUUCAAGAGCUGAAGAGCUACACAAACCUACCCAAGACAAUACGGCGCAUGGCGAAGUUAAGCCUGUUCUUUCACAGAUAGUGUUAAAAAUCCUGCUUUGCUGAAAAAGUUACUCCAGCAUGUGUUACUUAACGUUGUUGUUACUGAGUUAUGUUGCAUAAUAUACAUAUUCCAGUUCUGUUGUUGCUGGGGCAAGAGCAGCUUCAUUUAAGUGUUACCUCAUCUUUCCCCUCCCCCUAGCAAAGUCUACUUUGAUAGGUCUUCAGCACUUUCUGAAACCCCUUGCACCUUCCAAGCCAGGGUGGCUUGGAGAUUUUAUUUCCAUAUUGUUUUAAACAUUGUGCCAAGAAACAUUAUGGCUUUUCUGAUCCUGUCAGUGUCUGAACGCAACACUUAAUACCUCCUAAUCCAGAUGUAGGAAUUAUCUGUCUCCCCUCUCACCAUCCCCUUCUCACCAGUCUAGGGGGAAGCAGCUUCCGUUAGCACGAAUGGGACUGACUUCCGAUUCAGCUUUUCUUUUCUUUGUAGAAUUAAUAUUGUAGUAAAAAUAAUACUUCCCAUUUUUACACUCUGUAGAAUCCCAGUCUUUCUGUGUUAAGGGGGCCAUACUUGCACCUUUUCUCAGGUAUGCAAGUGCCAAACAAGAUGUGUCUAAUGCAGCAAAUGUGGCUGAGUGCAGUUGAUUGGUAAUAAAUUCUUAAGGUGUUGUGACGCUUCUACUUUUCCCCAAACUGUGUGCUUCGGGCAAACCUAGCUUCAAAUGGAAGGACUUUUUUUAGGAAGCAUAAGUUCCCCAUUCCCGCCCCAGGAUUCGUCAGCAGUGGAAUAUGGGAAUAUGGUCCUUUCACUUUGCCCGAAGCUGCAAGAAGUGACAAAAAGCUGCUGUUUGUUCCUGUAGCUCUUGAGAUGUCAAACUCACGACAUCACGUGACGUAUCGCGACUUUUUCCCCAUUGCCGGCAAUGGGGUGGGCGCGGUUUUGCCAUGAUGCAUCCGGCCCGGGGGGGCGGCAGUGUGACCCCCCUGCUGUAACCCUGGAGAUGUCAUAUCAGACGGUCCGGACUGUGAGGUUCUGACAGUGUUCUGUGUUGAUCAUGGUGUAUAGAUUAUAUAAAUAUGUAAACGCCUGUAAAAUAGAGCAGUGGUUGCCUUAAAAGUGAGUAACAUCUGAGCCCAAUUCUCGAAGAGGCAAAUUCAUUUUAAGAGUGACCUUCUGUCUUGAGAAAUGCAUUCAGAAUUUGGGGAGCUAGUAGACAAAUGGGAGAUACGGCUCUUUAUUUCCUCCCAUGGUCUGUGCUGAUUCUUCUCUUCUGAAGUUCAGUGGUCCAGCUUUGAAUUAUUUCUUCCACGAUGCUCCUCAAGAUGGCCGUUACAAUAUUUGAAAUCACUUUUCUUCUUAUUUUGUUGGCUUCUACAAAAUAGGGGAGGAAAAAGUGUCUGGAAUUGUUCCAACCAAGCAAAUUGAAUUGAAUUCAUUUUUAUUUAGAUUGUAUUUCUUUGAUAGAAUUGAAAACCCCAGGCAGCGAACCCUGACUUUAUACCACUGAUUCCUAUGAAAUGUAGAGUUUAUUAUAAAAUGUCACAGGGUUUAUCGUAUGCACAAAUGCUCUCCCUCUCGCCCCCCAAAAACCUAGUUUGCCAAGAAGUAGUUACUAAUUAAUGCUUUCUCCUAAUUUAUUCCGUCCUAUAUACAAAAAUCUCUAAUGUAGGAGAAUGUUUAUGGUAUAACAUUCCACAUGUUUUUGUGUGAUGAGUAGAUUGAUAAAUUAAUUUUACCUAUUGUGCAAAAUUGGGAACCAAGAUAAGUGUGACAGCAGUGUAAUUCUUGCACACUUCUGCAAAAAUGAAUAGGACAUCCGUCAUGCUAAUAAUGUAUUACGGAGUAAGCAUCCUUUAUUCUGUUUCAUUCCAAAUCUCAAGAAAAGUUUUCAAUAAAUUUAUCACUAAUAAAUUUAGCCAUCCAUUUUCUUGUUUUGAUUAAACACACUUUGUAUGCUUAACUGUGAAUAUUGUAUUUUAGUAUCAUGCUAAUUAAUUGCAUUAGCCUGAAAAUAUUAGCAUUGAGCACUAAGAUCUUAAGUGUUCAUAUUCAGUGUAAAUAUUUAACAGUUUAGGAAACAAUGUUGUAUAAUACAUUCAUACUUGGCAAGUUUUGUGAAUUUUUGUUUAUGGCUAUAACCACAAUUUGUAAUUCCACGAAGCUUCGUUGUCAAACUGUAUACAUUUUAAUUAUGUUUCCUUACACUUUAUGAAGUAAUAGCUACUUUUUUUAAUAGGACCUCAUGCCUUGAAGAUUUUGUAAAAAAUAAAUGCUCAAAUAAC